UUUGAUCUUGUUUCUCCAAGUUCUUCAUUCAGGGGCGUACUAAUAAUACAUCCCUUUUUCUACCACCCUGUUAUCAUCGUUCACCUGUGGCCACAUGAGUUUUGUUGAUAUUCACCUCUCAAUCUUGACAUAAGAAUUGAGCAGAAAUGCCUGUACCCUGCGGAGACGACGUUGUAGAAGACAUUGAGGACUUAAUUUCGGCCGAACCUUCAAAGUUACGUACCCGCGUGGCUAACGGGCACACGCAGAAUGGCGCAAAAGUAGAAAAAGAACAAGAGGUCAGCGAAUUGUUGGAGCUAAGACCCAGUGAGGUUCCCAACACAGACAGCCACAUUCCUGGCACACAGAAAAUUUAUUUCAAAACCUGGGGCUGUACUCACAACACGUCUGACAGUGAAUAUAUGGCCGGCCAGCUAAGGGAGUAUGGAUAUCAAAUUGUUAAUGAUGAUCAAAGAGACGAAGCUGACCUUUGGAUUUUAAACAGCUGCACUGUGAAAACACCUGCUGAGGACCAUUUGAGGAAUUAUAUGAAAAUGGCCAAAGGGAAACCUUUAGUGGUAGCAGGCUGCGUGCCUCAGGGUGCUCCUAGGUCUGGGUACCUGAGCAACAUUAGCACAAUUGGCGUGCAGCAAAUUGACAGAGUAGUGGAAGUGGUGGAAGAGACCUUGAAAGGCAAUACUGUCAGGUUGCUUGGAUCAAAGAGACAAGGAGGCAAGAAGCUUGGAGGUGCCUCCCUCCUGUUGCCCAAAGUUCGGCGCAAUCCGCUGAUUGAAAUCAUCCCCAUUAGCACUGGCUGCCUUAACGCCUGCACCUACUGCAAAACUAAACACGCCAGAGGAGAUCUGGGCAGCUAUCCACCUGCGGAAAUAGUGGCACGAGCGCGUCAGGCGUUUGAAGAGGGCGUCUGCGAAUUGUGGCUCACCUCAGAAGACACUGGUGCUUACGGCAGGGACAUUGGCACCAAUUUGACUGAAAUGCUCUGGCAGGUGGUGGAAACUAUCCCUGAUGGCUGCAUGCUUCGUCUUGGCAUGACCAACCCACCUUAUAUGGUUGAGCUGCUGCCAGAAAUGGUCAAAAUCCUCAACCACCCCAGAGUCUACAGUUUUCUGCAUGUUCCUGUCCAAUCGGCAAGUGAUGGCGUGUUAGCUGACAUGAAGAGGGAGUAUGUUCGCUCUGAUUUUGAACACCUCGUGGACUUUUUGAGGGAGAAUGUUCCUGACGUCAAUAUUGUGACGGACAUAAUUUGUGGUUUCCCUACUGAAAGUGAGCAAGAUUUUGAGGAGACAUUUGAUCUGUGCAUGAAGUACAAGUUUGUAAGCUUGUACAUCAAUCAGUUUUUCCCUCGUCCCGGCACACCUGCUGCUAAAAUGGAGCGAGUUCCACCAGCUGAGGUAAAACGGCGCACGAAAAAGCUGACAGACCUCUUCUUGUCUUAUGAACCUUACUCUGGUUGCAAAGGAAAAACCUACAAGGCUUUGGUGACAGAGUUGUCUCAUGACAAACAGCAUUACGUUGCCCACAACAAAAGCUACCAUCAGAUUUUGGUGCCCAAGAGACCGGAAAUACUAGGAAAAGUGGUGACUGUGAGAGUGACGGAAACCGGGAGACAUUACAUGAUUGCAGAAAUUGUUGAUGUCGACUCUGAACAACUAAUGGCUGCCAGGUGUAAAGGAAACACUGCUCAACUGGCUAGUAAUAGUGUUCAAGAUAGUCACCUGAUGUACACAAUAUCUAUUAUUGUACCAUUAGUUGUGGCAAUAGUUUUGCGAGUUGUUUGGAUGUUUUUGUCUUAAUGGCCAAGAGAAACUCAAACAAGUGCCUGGAAUUUUUACCUACGAUAACUAGCAAAUAGUCCCUUUUGUGAAUAGAUGUGCAUUGAAUUUUACUGAUGAUUCAUAUUUUAGGUUUUCUUUCAUGUAUAUAACUUCCAAAAUAUCCAACCACAACACUUUGGUACUUGUGAAAAGUUCAAGUCUUCAUGAAAUACUAGUUUUACAUGAUCAGUAAAUUGGUUUCCUUAAUCUUGCAAUAAAAUUGAACAAAAUAAGGUUUGCAA